CGGUAAAAAUUAUUUCUCUUUCUGACACGACUAACAAAACAACCCUCAUAUUUGUGACUUCGGUGUUCCUGUAGGGUGCUUUUUGCUUCUGGGGUGGAGCGCUGAAGUUUUUUUUGCCAUGGCUUCUCCAGGGGGGCAAGGAUCAGGAGCUCUGGCUACCAGAUGUGGAGCUGGGGCAAGAAGGAUGAAGUGGGCGCUGGAGCUGAGCCUGGGUAACACCAGGAGUCGUGGUGACAGGCAGGGCGGCCAGGGAGACGUUGUUUACCCCAUCGGUUACUCAGAGAAGCCGGUCCCCGACACCAGCAUUCAGGAAACAGACAAGAACCUUGUGGAAAAGCGCUGCUGGGAUGUGGCCCUUGGACCCUUAAAACAGAUCCCCAUGAACCUGUUCAUCAUGUACAUGUCAGGAAACACCAUCUCCAUCUUCCCCAUCAUGAUGGUGUGCAUGAUGGCCUGGAGGCCCAUCCAGGCUCUGAUGUCCAUGUCUGCCACCUUCAAGCUGUUGGAGAGCUCUAGUCAGCAGUGGCUUCAAGGACUGGUGUACCUGAUCGGAAACCUCUUGGGCUCAGCGUUAGCCAUCUACAAAUGUCAAUCAAUGGGCCUGCUACCGACGCAUUCGUCUGAUUGGCUGGCCUUCAUAGAGCCGCCACAGAGGAUGGAGAUCAUGGGCGGAGGGAUGGUGUUGUGAGGAUGCUGAACCUUGGACGCCCCCCCCCCCGACACACACACACAGAGGAAUAGGAUAUUUGCUGGGUUUAUUCGCCAUACUGUCUCUACUCUGACUGUUCUGUCGGCCUUCCUGUUUUCUGACCACAGCAGCUCAACCAGCAGCAGAGAUUAUUUUAUGGAAUCCAGUUCAGAGAUAGACCUGCUUUUUAGAUGUGUACACUUAUUUCUAAGAGAUGUUCUCUAUCUGCCGCUCCUGAAGUUAGAGGUCAGAGUCUAUAAAUUGUUUUGAUUUCUGAAAUUAGAAUUUCUAAUAAACCUUUUCACAAUUGAGUAACAUUUUCCUCUUUUUUUCAUCACAUUUCACUUGUUUGUUGAUUAACAGAUUGUAACUUUCUUGUCUGCAUGAUUUCAGCAUGCAAACCAGCAACAUUUACCAAGCCCUUUUAAUUUAUAGGUCUGCUUAAUUUAUACUGAUUUUUCCUAUGAAAAUGCUCUAUGAAAUAAAUCCUUAUUUGUUGCUUGAAUUGCUUUCAAUAUGUCAAUAAAUGUGUUGGAUGAUUAAAAAAAUGUGGAGGUUUU